CCAGGAACGCUAUUUGGCGAUGUGUAGGGUGUUCACAUUAAAGCAUGUAGUUAUAAAUUGUUUACAAUGUCCGUGAGCGCCAUGACCACCAGAGUGUAGCUCUUGUAGGUCACAGUGACAGUUUUCAUGUUACAUCAGUGGGGCCCAACCUUUUCUCGCUCGAGGACAUCAUAAAAUCUCGUGGGUCAGAACAUGGCGGUUUUGCCAGAAUCAUGAUGUUAAAAAUGAGAUUAUGUUUGUGUCCGGUUAAAAUAAGUGGGCCGUAGGUUGGGCAGCUCUGUAUUACAGUAUUUUCACUUGCUAGUGUGUUGGCACUUGAGGUCACUUGCCGCAGCAAUCUUAGCUGCAGAGUGUAGAGGGUCAACAACGUGUAGCUGGCUGACCCGGAAGUGUGCGCACAAGUGCUUUGUCCAACACAGGAUGACGUAUGUCGGCUUACAAGCUGGUAAGAUGGUCAGAGCUGUAGUUGCUGUAAAGAUGUUUAGUCGUGAUGCGCGGAAGUUUGCUGGUUGUUAGAAACACAGGUUUACGAUUUACACACUUGGGUGGGACUUCGCCGCCAGAACGAGGCUCGCUUUGCACCAGUGACGUCACGUCCACUUCCUGACAGAGUGAGCUGAGCCAUGUCUGACACAUUUCACAGGAUGAAGCUCGCUAACCGCAGCCUAGUCUAAGCUGCCGAUGCUGGGAACUGACCUCGGUACUUGGAACUAGAAAUUAAACCUUUGAUGUGGAAACCCUCUGCAAGAAGCGAAAUGAAGUGAACAUGGAGGCCACUUGCAUAGGAUACAUAGCAGGAUUUCAGCUGGUAGUGGAAACAUUGUUGGUUAUUUAAAUCUUAAUAUGAUGUGAUUUUACUUGCUUGUCAUCUGUCGUGAGCGUGUGGCCUACUACAAUGCCGCCAGCGGCCAUGGUGAAUCUGGUGACAGAGAAAAAUGCUCGUCUGACCACAGCGCUUCUCGCGGCGCUGCUUGCAGCCUUUGGAUUUUUCAUCGUGAUCCCGCUGUCAGUCACACAGGCAGCUGUCGGCGGUCGGUGUCUGUUGUACGCUGACAGCGUGACCUUUGGCCCCCGCUCAGUGUGUGCCUACGUCGUGGCAGUGGCUGCCAUGUUCCAGCUUCUCUACUGCAUCUGUCGGGCCGGCCUCGCCCUCCUGAUGACAUGGGGCCCGGCGAAAACUAAACUUACCAUCCUGUCGCCAGUUAAGUUCCUGCUUCCCUGCGCCAUUGCUGACGUGUUGGCGUCCGUGCUGACGCUGGUCUCUGCUGGCGUCGUGUCUCGAGGCUUCAGUGUCAUGUGCUCCAAGAUCUUCUAUCCAAAAUCAGACAGAUGUGGAACGGCAGAUAUCUACAGUGCUGUGACAGACAGCUAUGUUACAAAUUAUUAUGUACGCCUUCAGGUAACAGAGGCUGGCGUGUGGAUCAGCCUGGUGCUGUGGCUUCUCCUCAUUGUCGUCGACAUCCUCAGCCUCUCCUUGUCCGGCCUUUUCUCUCGCCUGCCCUUCCCUCUCUCUCGUCUGGACUCGCUGAACCGCCGGCUGGAUGUCGGCACCCGUCACCAGGACAACAAAGCUGACAAUACAAAUCUUCCUCGUCCCUCACCUGAUUUCCUGACUCAAAUGGCUGCGAGGACACCACCUCCCAAACGUCCUGUCCCUCCCAAACCGCCGUGUGUUGCUCAGCCGUUAAUGACGUCAGGUGGGGAGCCCGGGCCCGCAGACGAGGACUCCAGCUUUUCAUAGACUAUUGUGGCUACCCUCCAGAACAUAUGUCUCCACGGUCUACAGAUGUAUGUCCCUAAAAGGGUCUUCGAGCCAUCCAGACUGACAUACAGCUGCUGUGUCAUAAAAAAAUCUUCCUUCCGAUUGUACUGCAACCUCUGAUCCACUUUGUUUCAGCACUAAUGCGGCAUCGACCUCAUUAUAAUUGUAUGUCUAAAUGUUUUAUGUCUAGGAAAGAAUGUAUCAUUGUCUUGUUUUAGUCUUGCUGCCGUCUGUCGGGAAAAUUUUGAUUCCAAUGAAAUUCCACCAAGAAUGACAAGUGUCGUAUCUCUAAACAGAAAGAAAAAAAAUAAUAAUCAGACAAUAUCAUUAAAUCAUAAUGUCCUGAUCGCAAUCAAAAAUUCACUUUAAAACUGAUUAACAAAGAAAGCUAAGGAGAAACAGUUCUUCGCAGCACUGUGUGUAUGCUCGCGCGUGCACUAGCAUGUGUGUAUGACCACAACCUAUGAACAUUUGCUGAAGCUUUUUAUCCACAACUAGUGAAUAUAUAGGAUGAUGUGCAUUUAACUUGCAUAAAGAUUUCAAACCAUAAAUCUUUUUAAAUACUUCCCAACCCCAAGAUCUCCUGCAAAAUGAGUAAAU